AUGUCACCGUCGCCAAUAACAACGCCUUCAACUGCCUUCACCAUGCAGCUCUUAGAGGUAACAUCGGAGCCCUCCGUCACAUCCUCCCCGAUGCCGGCCCCUGUGGGUGUGGACGACAAAAAGACGACGGGUUUCACUUCCCUCCAUCUCUCUGCUCUAAACAACCACCUGGAAGCUUCUCAGGCUCUCUUGCAGGCCGGCGCGAAUCCAAAUAUCCAGAACGUAAAUCUGCAGACGCCGCUUCACCUGGCCGUGGAGCGGAGGAACAUCCAGAUAGUGAGACUCUUGGUCGAGGAAGGAGCCAACCCAGACAUGGGGGACAAGUUUGGCGAUCGUCCGCUGCACGAGGCACUCCGACACCACACCAUGUCCCAGCUGAAACAAGUUCAGGAGAGUCCGCAGGAUAUUGGGAAGGCGAUGGUUACCAUAUCAACGGAGAAGAAAGCCAGUGCCAGUAUCGCCAUAUUCCUCGCCUCAGCCGGAGCCUCGCUGGAGGUUCUGAACAAGAAGAACCAGAAACCGGUGGAGCUCUGUUCGGAUCCAACGCUCCUGAAACUGCUGAAGAAAUGUCAUCUUGACCACGCCCAGAGUGGCAGGGACACACCCUCUGCCGAUAAGCCGUCCUCAUCCUCCCAGAACGGCUCGCUCUCCACGUGUCUAGUGUGUGAGACUGGUCGCCGGGCGGUGCUCCUGUUGCCGUGCGCUCACGUGGCAACCUGCGAGAAAUGUCAAGUGUCCUCCUGCCCCAUCUGUCGCCAGCCCGUCUCCCAUAGCAAC